CCUGGGAUGUCAGCACGAGAUGGUUCAGUCUUCUGGGUCAAUGUGAUGUUUCGGGGGCAGCAUGUGGCCACUUGGUAAUUUGAGAGAUUCUUGUGAUCUAACAGGCUCCUAGAGCUGCAAUCAAAAGACUGAGUUGUAAAUGAGCGGAGAGAAAGGAUAUUUCUCCUGCCUUCUUGUUUUCUGUCAGUCCCCUUUGGCAAGCAUCUCUACCAGGAGUAGGCAUGGGAACCAGUUAAAGAAAGUGUCGAUUCACUCGAGUAAACGCCAAGAACUCUGGCUUUUGUCUGUGCUGAAUGUGUCCGGAAAGGCAAAAAAGAGCGAGAUUCUGCUCUGGGGUUUCUCAUCUCCAUGGUGGUGUGGUAGGUGCUGACAGCCUCCGAGAGUGAACUAGAAGGGCACAGAGAAAAGAGCGUGAGAUGUGUCCACUGCAGUCGUGGUGAAGAUGAAGAGGUCCCAGGGUUUGGGUCUGUAACUAAGAUUGUAACUGAAAAUUAAGGAAAAAAGAAAACACAAAAAUUAGCAAUCCACCUGGAACUUUGAACUGAUAUAAAACUCUCUUGGGUGCGCUAAAGGACAAAGAGAGAAUGAGCUAUUACGGAAGUAGUUACCGGAUUGUAAAUGUGGAUUCCAAAUAUCCAGGCUAUCCCCCAGAGCAUGCUAUAGCCGAGAAGAGAAGGGCAAGAAGGCGCCUGCUCCACAAAGAUGGCAGUUGCAACGUGUACUUUAAACACAUUUUUGGAGAAUGGGGGAGCUACAUGGUUGACAUUUUCACCACUCUUGUGGAUACCAAGUGGCGUCACAUGUUCGUGAUAUUUUCUCUGUCUUAUAUUCUCUCCUGGUUGGUAUUUGGCUCCAUAUUUUGGCUCAUAGCCUUUCAUCAUGGAGACCUGUUAAAUGAUCCAGACGUCACGCCUUGUGUUGACAACGUGCAUUCAUUCACCGCAGCAUUUCUAUUCUCCCUUGAGACCCAGACCACCAUAGGGUACGGUUCCCGGUGUGUCACAGAAGAAUGCUCUGUGGCCGUGCUGACGGUCAUCCUUCAGUCCAUCUUAAGUUGCAUCAUAAACACCUUCAUCAUUGGAGCAGCCUUGGCAAAGAUGGCCACCGCCCGGAAGAGAGCCCAGACCAUCCGCUUCAGCUAUUUUGCACUCAUUGGUAUGAGAGACGGGAAGCUUUGCCUCAUGUGGCGCAUAGGUGAUUUCCGACCAAACCAUGUGGUAGAGGGUACAGUGAGAGCCCAGCUUCUCCGAUACUCAGAAGACAGUGAAGGGCGGAUGACCAUGACCUUUAAAGAUCUCAAACUCGUCAAUGACCAGAUCAUCCUGGUAACCCCAGUUACCAUUGUCCAUGAAAUUGACCACGAGAGUCCUCUGUAUGCCCUUGAUCGCAAGGCAGUGGCCAAAGAUAAUUUCGAGAUUUUAGUGACUUUUAUCUAUACUGGGGAUUCCACUGGGACAUCCCACCAGUCUAGAAGUUCCUACGUCCCCAGAGAAAUUCUCUGGGGCCAUAGGUUUAAUGAUGUAUUGGAAGUGAAGAGAAAGUACUACAAAGUGAACUGCUUGCAGUUUGAAGGAAGUGUGGAAGUCUAUGCCCCCUUUUGCAGUGCCAAACAACUGGACUGGAAAGAUCAACAGCUCACCAACUUGGAGAAAACAUCCCCUGCCCGAGGAUCCUGUACCUCUGAUAGCAAUGUCAGGAGGCGGUCCUUCAGUGCUGUUGCCAUUGUGAGCAACUGCGAGAACCCUGAGGAGAUGGGCACCUCCCCACCAGAGGAGUGUAAGGAAGUCCCUUACCAAAAAGCUCUCCUGACUUUAAAUAGAAUCUCCAUGGAAUCCCAGAUGUAGCCCUCCUCUUCAG